ACAAAGAAAAAAAGCAAAAUCGAGCCGGAGAAGAUCGAGUCGAAAAUAUCGGUUUCAUUUUAAUUAUUUUUUACUUUUAUCUUCGAAAUCUCCGUUGAACCGUAUGCCGAGUCAAAUAUAGAACGAUGUUACCGCAUCGCAUCUCUUCUUAUAUAAGAAAUGCAUUCCAGUGACGCGACGUUCCCAUAGUUUUCUAAAUUGAUCAAAUGAAUGUAAAUAAUAAAACAAUAAGUGGUCGGUGUCAAGUGAUAUCUCCGCCCACAGCGCCCACUGCACUCAUUAUGCGAUUAGUGAAGUGUAUUUGAGGGGAAGUGGGUUGAAAGAGGGUUAAAAUGUCUGGAGAGGGCGAUCGGGCCUCUCGCCCUAACUCCUUGGUCCUCGAGACACCGGCGCCUGAGCGUGAGCCUCUGCGCUUCGACGUUCAGCUGGUGGGAGCCCCGCCGGAGGUCGAGCAACUUGUGAACAAUAUCAAGCAAGUCGCUGAAGACUUUCUUUACCACUGGAAAACUUUUCCUAUAGUGCUCCCCCAAUCAAGAUUCACAGGCCCUGGUAAUAGACCUUCAGAUAUCAUAAUCCCACCACCAUGUGAUGAACUGGAUGCAGCAGCUCUUGAUGCAGGCGUUGAACCCCAUCCCUUGACACCUAAGCAACUCCACUCAAUAAGGGAGAAAGGCGAGUUCGAGGUCCCGUCUCGCCAUUUUCCCGGUCAAACCCACGUAUGGCGAGUCGCUGGCUGGCUGCAACGUGGCAGAGUUCGAGCUAGAGAAGAGCUGUAUUGUCACGUGGCACGAGCUAUAGCGCUAGUUGUGGUGGUGUCGCGAGACCGACUGAUGAGAGACGAACCCUUGUCUUUGAUUGCUGGGGCCAAGGCGUUUAUGGAAGGACUGCAUAGAUUAAUGGAUCUCAUAUUUGGAAUGCCAUCGUUAGAAGCUCGUGAUCUCGAUAAGAAGAUACGUGAAGAACGUUCACGGUAUCUUGUAGCUGAACUAAUAUGUAAGCCAGAAAAUCAAGAGGACAUAACAGCUCUUGCAGCGUGGGUGACGCGCGGCAUGCGGCGCGCGGCUUCGGAGAAGACGGACGCGCGCGACACGCCGCGCGCCGCGCCCCGCGUGCCUUGCCUAUACACCACACCGCAAAGGACGCAGGUGGAUCUCCGCCUAUACAGACGGGAGCUGCUUCGUCGCGCAGCGCCUUUCCUUCAAACAAUCUUAGACCGAGAAUCCCGAGGGUGGUUUCUACACUUUAGGGAAAGGCGCGCGGCUUUGCUCGCCAGCCAGAAGAUGCCCAUGAAGGAUAUUGAGGAGGAAGUGAGUGCAGCAGCCAUGCGCGAGUACGUAUCGCGCGUGUGCAAUGCAGUUCUUAGUUGCGACCAGCUCGCGGCAUUGGGGCCCAUGAUACCGGAGCUUUUGGCCGCGCAGUUACGCGCUGCGGUUAUUGUCAACAGAGCGGAAGAAGGCGUCCGUCGAAAACUCGAGGCGGGUCUAGCCACAGCCGAAGCCCGCAUCCAAGCGGCGCACCCAAUCCUCUCCCGAGCCGAAGCCUGGAAGAAGGAGAAGCUGUCGUCAGCGGCUCACUCGCUGCGCAGUGAGCUGCGCUGGGCGGGCAUGGAGGACGCGGCCAACGCCAUGCAGGCGCACAAGCUGCAGCAACACCGGUACUUCCUGCUGAGGGAUCUCACCUUCCUGAGGGACCGGGAGCCUCUGCUCAUGAAGGAACUGCGCGCGGCAAAAACGCCAACCCGAGAAUUCUCCUGGGCAACCCGGAUUUGGUUACCACAAAACUGGGCCGUCAUACGUCACUUCCGGGGCCGCUCCGAACGAAUACCAACUGUGAUAAGCAGCAGGGCUACCAACAUAGUCACACCGCGAUCUGAUCCGUCCCAACCUGUGUUCCUGGCAGACCGGGAGAAAUUCAGAACAACUACGACGCGAUGGCCUGGCUGGCGGUUGCUCAACUUGGCUCACAGAACGUGGUGCUGGACGUGGAACAUGAUGUUUGUGCUGGGGGUGCUGGUUCCGUGGUGUUCGCCGCUGGCGUUGAGAACACUCCUUUGCGUUAAGCCUUUUGUGCCUGAUUUGGAGCUCUCACAGGUAAAUGGAACUCUAUUCCCAAAACGGAGUAGCGAAACACAGACAAUGUGGUCGUUACUCCUCAAACUGUGGCGACAUGUGUCCAAAGAGAGGACGCGGUUUGAGACUGAACCGGACACAGGACUUCUAGGGAAAGGUUUAAGCCGACAAGCGAAUCGAAUCUGGAACUACGGAGCGGUUGGUGGCUUGGGUUCACUAGCUUUACUACUGGUGUUCCCGCUAGUGGCGCUAGCGGCGAGUGUGCUGGCGCUAGCCGCUGCCAUCAGCGUGCCACUGUGGCUGCCCGCUAUGGCGCUUGGGCUGCACGCACUAAAUGCUUUGCUGUAUGAUCUGGACUGCCCCGACCCGCCGCGGCUCAACAGAUGGUUUGUGCUAUGUGAAGUAUUGAUCUGGCGCAUUGGCUUACUGGGAAUAGCUCAGCCGAUACUGGCCUUCGUGGUUGCGGUAUUCUUGUGUCCACUCUCCGCACUUAUAUUGCUUGUCGGCGGCGUGAGCUGGUGGGUGGUGCGCGGCGCGUGGGAGGCGCUGGCGUGGCGCGCGCUGAUCGUGCGCGCGGCGCGCGUGCCGGCGCACGACUCGCGCUACUGCCAUCGCGUGGCCGGGCCCGCGCUGCACUCCUUCGCUUCCUACCAGAUCACGGCUGCGCAAGCGUUGGCGGCGGUGUGCGCGCGGGGCGAGCUGGAAGCGUUGUCGCUGUGGGCGAGCGACAUCGAGGCGGCUAUCGAGCGGCCGCUGCGGGACUACGAGCAUUUCGUCGACGCGUGCUUCGGGCCCUUCUCUGUGCAGAUCGCUAAGACGGGCUCAUACAAGCAAGUGGAGAAAGAGUGCGGGGAGUUAGUGUGGUCGGCGAGGGAGAAACUGUCGGCCAGGCGGCGCGACCUCGCCUUGCCGCUCAGCGAUGCGGCGCGCGCGCGCGUGCGCAUGCUGCCGCAGGAGCUCAGGAAAGCAGUGCACGCGUCGGCCGUCGAGCUGGCGCGAAUGUGGGGCGAGGCGGCGCGCGGGGAGGAGUGGUGGUCGGCUCGCGGACUGGAGCCGGGCGACUGGCAUGCGCUAGCUGCCAAUACCCUGGUUGAGGUUUUCGACGCGGAGAUCCUAGUAGCGUUAGAGGAAGGGGAAGCUAGAGUGGCGUUGGAGUCGGGGGCAAGUGCGGCGCGGUGGCGUGACCUCACUGCGAAGCACCCGGCGCCGCCCGACGUCAUCGCGGAAAGAGAUGACUGGAAACCUGCCCCGGGAGUGUGGGGCGACUGGAGCGGCACGCCGGCGCCGCGCGUGCCGCCGCCAUGUUUGGACGUGGCGGCGUUCAACCCGCGCGCGCAGCCGCACCCGCCGCUGCCCUCGCCCGCCGUCGUCGCGCUAGUACUGCACAACAGGGAGUCGGAUAAUCCUGUGCCCUUGGAUUCGGAGCUUUGUGCUGAAAUUUUGAAGAGCUUAGAAGAUGCGCCCGAUUGUGAUGAUAGGAGAGACGGCGUGGAGAGGUACCGCGGCGGAGGUAGCGAAGCCACGAGCGAAACCAGUGGCUCCGACACAGCGGAGGACGACGCGUCGCGCGUGCUGCCGCCCGCCGCCGCCACGCCUGACUCCGCGCUCUGCAGAAUAUCGCCCAGUACAGAAAGAGCCGCCUGUAGGUGGACGCUCACCGGGAGAGGGGUUCGAUUAAGAGCGGACCUGGCCAGUCCUGAAGACGUGUCGCUCGACACCGACAGACACGUCGGCACAUCGGUUUGAAGCCUUAUUAUACACGCAGUAGGGUCGAGAUUGCUACUACGAGAUUAGCUGACGUACGUCCUUUGUAACCGCAACGAAUUUUGGUCGUACGGGAAAAUAUUAUACAUUGUUAAAACCCUGAAAUUCCAAAGAAAGUACGCUCUUUAGAUCUCAGCCUUAGGGAACGACCAAAUUGUAAUACUAUAACAAAUUAUCGAAUAAUUAUUUCCACCUUAUUGGGGGUGUUAUAUAGAUUAUCAUUAAAAUAUGCUUAAUAAGAAUUAAUGUGUCUAUAUAAAUUAUUUCGAAUGUAUCGUAAUAGUCUAUUCUGUAAAAUUAUGGAAAAAAAUACAAGCUUACUUAGCUCGCGUUAGAUACUGAAUUUAUUUAUUUGAAAUAAUUAAAUAAUUACUAUAAUAAUAAAUCCGUAUACAUAUGCGCAAUAACAAUGCAUUGAAUCACGUAUUUAUACGCACGCGAUAGUUGCCAUGGCAACUGAAUCAACGCCAAAAGAACUUGAACCCAGAGCCGUAAAGCCUCUAAAAUACUUGCUAUUACAACGGAAUGAAAAUCUAUUCGCACUCAGCGUGAGAUCUAUAGAGCGCGCUCUGCCUUUGCUUAGACUUAAGACAGAGUUAAAACGAGACAGAGCUAUAUCUCUCACAUAAAUCUGUCUCGUUUUAACUCAAUCUUAAGUCAGAGCAAAGUCAAAGUGCGCUUUAUAGAUUUCAGCCUCAGACGAGGUCAUUGCAAUACCCAAACACACUCAUUUGAAUCUCGAAUUCUAUAUCCCACGAUAUUUUACCGUACGUCCAAAAUCGGUGUGACUAUAAGAGCCGUUACAGCGUUAGAAUAUGAGCCGAUAACGACCUCAUUUAAAAAUAAACUGUAUGCUUUGUAAGUUAAGGUCGAAAAACGUCUGUAACCAAAGUUAAUUAUCGUAUUAUUUCAUUAAGAGUCCAAAUAUUAUAGUCUUAAGACCUAAAAACAUUCGAGCCCCGCCUAAAAGCUCUCUAAAACUGAAGUUCGAUUGUAAAUUUUUGCGUAAACAAAACUUAUCACUGAACACGGCCUGAAGUCAAUUUAUAUGGCAAAUCUGCAGGCCUAGUAUUAAAGUAAGCAUAAAAGUAAAAGUGGUAUACUUACUAUUAAUUAUUUAUUAUUAUUAACUCCAGUAAAGGUUUAUUUACCCAAAAAUUUACACUCUGAGUAUAUACUCUAUUUUAUUUAAUAAUAAUAAUUUAUUAAGUCUAUUAUAUUUUUACAGUUAAUUUAAGUUUCGAAAUGAAUAAUGUUCUUCAAUAAUGACUAGACAGCCUAAACUUUUUUAGUUUAAGCAUCGUUAGUUUUUAGUUUAUAGAUACUUUAGUGGAAACAUCAUAAAAAGAUGGCGAGUUACAAAAUCAUUUGGAAAAUAAUCUUAUUCAAGAAAGGCCUACAUAAAACACGAGUUUGAGAGUCAAAAUCGUUACAUAAACGAUAUAUGCCGUCUUGUUCCUAGAAAGCGAUAACUCUAAAAAGAAAUUUUUAAGCUAUCGCCAAGAAUAAGUAACUGAUAUUUCCAAAAAGUUUAUUACGUAAAACCAAGACUUUUUGUUAGUUUUUAGUUUUGUUUUAUGUAGCAUACUUUUCUAAAAAAAUGAGUUUUUCAGAAUUACCUCUUUUUUAAGCGAUAACUUGAAAAUUACUUUUUUGGGGUUAGCCGCUUUGCAGCAAAAGGAUGGCAGAAAAUAUAGUAGUUUUUAAGAAAAAUUGUGACCAACACACAUACCUAAACAAACAAUUAAAUACCUACAGGGCAAAUACUCUUUUGAGGUUGGUUAUAACCACAGAAUUCAGAAUAAGUAUAGAUGGAGCAUGAGUUUGUCGCGCAGAUGACUAGUAAAGCAUCAGCAUGCAUUCUUUUAAAUACAGUCGUAUUUGUAUAGCGUAUAGGGUUUAUUUACAUUGCUUUGGAGGCUUGCAAUAUUUGUAGAUUGUAGGCGAAAAUAUUUUUGCACUAGAUUUUGCAAAGUUACUCUGGAUAGGUAACUCAAAGAUUUUGUAUGUAAAUCUUUGAAUCCGUGUAACUUUAAAUCAUUUUUACAAAAAUGUAGAAAAUAUACAUAGAUAUUUAUUUCUAGAACGUGCCCUCAAAAUUUCAAUAAGUUUGAUUGGUUACUAUACAAAUGAGAACUAAUAAACUAUGUUAGUUUGGAACGCGCUACGAAUAAAUUCCUCUUAAAUAACUGUAGAUACCAUUUCUAUAUUGAAUUCUGUGGUUAAAACUGACUAUCGAGGGCAGCUAUUACAUUGACUGGUCAAUUCAAAAAAUGCAUUAUUGUACAUUAGGUACGUACUAUAAGAUAAAUGUAAGCUUCGAAUGAAAUCACAUGCAAUAAUUUUAAGCCUUUCAAACUUAAGUACUGUACCUGGCCUAUUGACCUUUAGAAAGAGAAUCGGCUCAGCUUCAUGGAUGGAACGCUUUUCUGGCAUCAAUGUUCUCCUUCACUUUUAAUAUACUUAGGUUUAUUCAAGACAAGAGUGAAUAGGCAUCUUCUAGGCAAGCGCGCUCCAUCUUAAGCUGCAUAUCACUUGCCAGCAAGUCAGUUGCAACCGAGCGCUAAUCUAUAAAUUAAAAAAGUUUUGUCGCUGACUUGUCCGUCUCAACCACAGAGACAAGCUACAAUCACAAGAGAGAUCUACAAAGCUAAAGUUGCCAAUUAUCUCUUUCUAAAGGCGGAAAUAUACUAGCGUGUCGUGUGGUGUCGAGACGCGUCAGACGCAUAUCGGUUUCAUACAUUUAAUACGGUGAGAGAAAGACGACACAACGCGUCAUGGCAUGGCACUCAAAUGUGUCUCUAACCAUACCAAAUUUAUGUAACAGAUAUGCUUCGUGUAUAGAAGCACGAGUUAUAUAAGGAACUAAAAGCUUAAUUUGCUGUAAUCUGUUUAAAUAGACAAAUCUGUAUGGUGUAUGCAGCAUUAUGCACCGCCGGUCCUCCCACUGCUAAACAUGUAGGAAAAGCCAGCCCCCAAAGCAAGCAAUUCGCACCACUACCACGCAGCACCAUACAAACCCCCAAAACACAUAUGACGCACGUUUCGCUCCUACAAUGGAGCAUCUUCAGAAAAUGUAGACCUUACAAUUCACAAUUAAGAUACGUAUAUGCUUCUGACGCGUCGCAACACAACACUACAACGCUAGUAUAUUUACUGCCCGGUACUAUAAAAUUCAAAUCGCCUAUGCCUUAAAGAAUUAUUAAGUUUAUAGAUCGAAUAAGUUCUCGUCGCUAGAUUUAAAACUGCGUUUAUCACACUCAUUCGACCGACGUCGUCGAUCAGCGUAGAUCGAUUUAUGUGGUGGCUUUGACCGAUCGAUGGAUACCGGUCGAUAAAACCAUCGAUCCAUCAUUGAUCGAUGGUGUAGGAAACCGCCUACUCAUUUCUUUUGUCUCGAGUACCUAAGCUUCUUUAUCUAUCGAUCGUCGUUCGCUGUCAAAUCCAUAAUUAUCGAUCAGAUCGAAUAAUCUCAUUCUCUUGUCGAUGGAUAGCUUCGAUCGAGUGGAUAUGGUAACAUUCUUAGUGUAAUCAUGUAAUUUAUUGAAACAACGUUGAAUAUUUCCAAUAAUGGAAAAACUUGAAUGUCCGUAUGAAAUAAGGUUGAAUAACUUAGUCUUAAGCGAUUGAAAUUGAUUUGACAAAAUUGACGAUAAACAAUAAGUGAAUUUUAUUUUUAAGUGCACUAACUGUUUCGUCCCGAAGUAUUUAAAGCAUUUAUAAGUAAUUAAACUAGAUUUUUACUUUUAUAUUUUGUGUCAGUAACAGUUUUGAAUUGUAAAUCUUCUAAGGCUGGUUUUACAGUGACGCUUACCGUCCGCGCGGGUGGUAAGCGUGCGGGUGGUAAGCGCGGUGGCCGAAUCGCCGUCAGCGCGGGCCAUCCGCGCGACUAUGUAACGAUCCAAGAGACGCAAAGCUCGUGGCCCGCAACGCUUACCAACCGCGCUGGCGAAAGCGUCACUGUAAAACCACACUAUAUAUUGAUCAUAAAAAAGUGCUGUCCAAACUUGCUAUUUCGUCCGAAAUAUCAAAAGCAUUUAUUUAAAGUAAUAGCGCAAACACAUUAAUUACUGUGUUAUGUCGUGAUGCGACAGAAGGCGAUCGAAAUCAGAUUUUAUGAACCUGUACUGAAUAUUUCUCUACUUAGUUCUUUCCUAAAACAUUAUGAAUUUAAUU